ACCGGAAGCAGUGGGGGGCGGGGCUUCAUGCCGGAAGUGAUGGUUUUGCAGUUGUUCUGUUGGCAUUCCGGCGGCGGGAGAUGUGCUGCCAGCCUGAGGCGAAGAACCGAAGCGCUGGUUAGUUUGGAGCUAGGGCUGAGUGCCUGUCGCGCAGUGAGAUCAUGAGCUCGACCAAACACUGGGGAGAAUGGUUCCUGAACCUGCGGGUGCCCCCCGCCGGAGUAUUUGCUGUGGCCUUUCUUGCCCGAGUUGCCCUGGUUUUCUAUGGGGUCUUCCAGGACCGGACCCUGCUCGUGAGGUAUACAGACAUCGACUACCAGGUCUUCACGGACGCCGCGCGCUUCAUCACCGAAGGGCGCUCCCCUUAUCUGAGGGUGACUUACCGUUACACUCCACUGCUGGGUUGGCUCCUCACUCCCAACAUCUACCUCAACGAACUCUUUGGAAAGUUUCUCUUCAUCAGCUGCGACCUCUUCACCGCUUUCCUCUUAUACCGCCUGCUGCUUCUGAAGGGGCUGGGGCGCCGCCAGGCUUGUGGCUACUGUGUCUUUUGGCUUCUUAACCCCCUACCUAUGGCAGUAUCCAGCCGAGGCAAUGCGGACUCGAUCGUCGCUUCCCUGGUCCUUAUGGUCCUGUACUUAAUAAAGAAGAGACUGGUCGCGUGUGCAGCUGUAUUCUAUGGUUUCGCGGUGCAUAUGAAGAUGUAUCCGGUGACCUAUAUCCUUCCUAUAGCCCUCCAUCUGCUUCCAGAACGCGACAAUGACGAAGACCUCCGUCAAUCCCGGUAUUCUUUCCAGGCUCGUUUGUAUGAAUUCUUGAAGAGGCUGUGUAAUCGGUCUGUGUUGCUCUUUGUAGCAGUUGCUGGACUUACAUUUUUCGCCCUGAGCUUUGGUUUUUACUAUAAAUAUGGUUGGGAAUUUUUGGAGCACACCUACUUUUACCACCUGACUAGGCGGGAUAUCCGUCACAACUUUUCUCCGUACUUCUACAUGCUGUAUUUGACUGCAGAGAGCAAGUGGAGUUUUUCCCUGGGAAUUGCUGCAUUCCUGCCACAGUUCAUCUUGCUUUCAGCAGUGUCUUUCGCCUAUCACAGAGACCUUGUCUUUUGUUGUUUUCUUCAUACAUCCAUUUUUGUGACUUUUAACAAAGUCUGCACCUCCCAGUACUUUCUUUGGUACCUCUGCCUACUGCCUCUUGUGAUGCCUCUAGUAAGAAUGCAUUGGAAAAGAGCUGUAGUUCUCCUAAUGUUAUGGUUUAUAGGGCAGGCCUUAUGGCUGGCUCCUGCAUAUGUUCUUGAGUUUCAAGGAAAGAACACCUUUCUGUUUAUUUGGUUAGCUGGUUUAUUCUUCCUUCUUAUCAACUGUUCCAUCCUGAUUCAAAUUAUUUCCCAUUACAAGGAGGAACUCCUGACAGAGAGAAUCAAAUAUGAGUAAUGUAUGUUCCAUAUCUUUUACAUUCUGAUCUGUAUGGACCAGAGGAGAGCUUUGGAAAAUUUUUUCUGAACAUUCUAAAGAUUCUAGUGAAAGUUCUCGUGUUCCAACAGAAGUUAAAACCAACGGUUGCCUUUUAUAUAAAAGUGACACAAUAAUUGAGGUUCACCCUCUCAGGACUCAUUUAUGUGGGACAUGAUGGGAAGAAAAAGUUACUUGUUUGAAAUUGGAAA